AUGGUCAAGGACGGGACACCCAGGUCCUAUGGCCCCUCUGUGAGCAUUGACACGAGGACCAGCGGUGAUGUGUCAGAUGACUGGCACGCUUUCCUGGACCAGCACCCUGCCCUUGAGCAGGUGUUCGCUUUGGGAAAAGUGACGUUCUCCAAGCAUUCAUCGAGGAGCUCCAGUCUUACUUUGAACGCCACGAUCACCAACACAGGCUCCACCGCCUGGUCUUCCGCGGUGCUGCAGGCUGUGCAUGGGUCGGACAUGGGCAUCUCAAGCUUGCCAUUGAGCGGGGUCGUCGAGCCUGGCAAAGAUUGCAAGGUGUCUCUGCGACUAAGAUUGCCGCACGAGGAUGUGAUUCCAGCAUCCAUGUGGGCUUUGAGUAUAGACGACCGCGUGUUCGGUCCACUGCUCCUGCUCGAGUUGGAGCAAGAGAACGACGUUUCAGGUAGUGCGCUGCUGAAGGAGCAAAAAGCCUCUGCUCGCAUCUUCGAUGCACCAGGGCGUCUCUGGAGUGACAAGGCGCUUCGGGAAGAUUCGGAAAGAGUGGGUGAUAUCUCCGAGGAAUGGGCAGCCGACCUUGCCAAGACGGGUAUGGCGCAGGCUCAGAUGUCGUCAGACUCGGACGAAUCCAGCGUAAAGCUAUGUGAGCCCAUUGCAGGAACACAGGAGAAACUUUUUGGCCAGAAGGCACCAGCCUCCGUUUGGUCAGUGGCAGAUCUCUCGGCUGCGAAGUCGUGCCGAUUAGCCAGCAGGUGGGCCCUGGGCUGUCGCCUGAGAUGCGCCCUGGGCUGUCCUCGGUUCGGCCCAGACACCGGUGCCAAGGUGUGGGCCUUGGCAGACCGGGAACGCUUCUUUGGGCCGUUGCUGAUUCUGGAGCUAAGCGAGUCGUGCUUCGUGAGGAAUGCCCUGGAUGGCGACAUACCAGUGCCACUGAGCAAGCAUGCGAAGACAGACAGGGGGCAUCGAGUGCACAUUGGAGUCCGAACGCCAGAUCGCAGCGCCAGCGCCAUGCCACUCGCUCGAACGCUUUCUCCGCUUGGCGUUAGCAGCCCCGAGCUGCCUGGAAUGGUAAAGUCUGACACGGACUGGCCAGGCGAUGGCCUUCUCGGAGUCCAGUCUCGCUUGGAUAGACUCUCCGAGCAGGUCGACGCAUGCCUCUCGGAGAUCUUGACUUUGAAGUCCACACACACAGCGCCUUCCCCCGCUCGUGGCCCUCAAACAAUGGUGGUUCCCUCCACGCCGCCAGUGCGAUCCUCCAUUGUUUCGAGGGCAUCAUCAGCAUCCGACUCUGCUCAGGAGGAGCGCCCCCGAUUGAACCGGUCAUCCAUCAUGUCGCAAGUAACUGUAAGCACCUCCGGGAUCAGCGCGCGAACCACGCUUAGCGGCGGCUUCGGGAGGCAGCAGCUGAUGGCCUACAACGAGUUCGGUAACGCAGAAGUGGUCAGUCGCAGGCAGCUUUCACGUAGAUUGGGGCAAUAUCGACGACGAGCGCGAGCCGAAGAAAGGUUUCUCGACGAUCCAGCAGAUGCCCACGCAAGUGCUGCCAAGCAGUGGCUUGUUCAGAGGAGCCGCUGUGACGCAGUGUGGAUAAUGCUGGAUGAGCCCGACUCUAGCCGAGUGGCUUGGUGGAUCGCGCUCUUGCUCAGGCUGUUCGUGGUCGCUAGCAUCGUUAUGAUGUUUCUACAGGUUGGAGAUGAAACCUCGCUGAUUGAUCUGACAACCGCUGCAGUUCUAGAGACAGUGAUCGACUCAGUAUUCUUUAUUGAGUUUUUGUGUCGCGUACUCUCCGCACCGUCGAAGAAGACAUACGUCCUGGACCUUUACAACUGGGCAGAUAUACUUUCGGCUUCAGGCCUGGUUCUGCGCUCCUCCAUGGGUUUCGUCCCAGCGCCAUCGUCGUCUCCAGAAGACAACGUCGUGCAGGCGCUGCUCUUAUACGUCCUGCCAGUCGUGCGCUUGCUAAAGUUGCUGAGAUACAUCAGCUCCUUUCGACUGCUGAUUGAUGCUGUUUCGAACUCCCUGGAGUCCCUGCCAGUUCUUCUUUACACGAUGGGCUUGAUCGUCAUGGCUUCUGCCAGUGGCUUGUACCUGGUUGAGGCGAGGUCGAACAUUCCGACCUUGGCACACUCAGUUUGGCUUGCCAUUGUAACAAUGACGACGGUGGGCUACGGCGAUUUCGCGCCGAAAUCUACCGCGGGCUUUGUGAUCGCCUCGAUCCUGACAGUUGUAAGCGUGCUGUUCAUCGCUAUGCCCGUCGGGCUUGUCGGUUACGAGUUCACAGUUUGUUGGCAGAAUCGUGCCAAAGUGCUCCUAUUAGCGCGGGCUCGCAAGCGCUUCGCGCAGUGGGGCUAUCAAGGUCGCGAUGUGCAACUGCUGUUUGAGUACGCAGACACAGACAGGGACGGAUCUCUAAAUCUUCUGGAAUUUUGCGAGCUCCUCAGUGAAAUGAAGCUUGGCCUGCCCAGUGACAGCAUCAUUGAGCUUUUCCAGCUUUUUGAUGACGAUGACAAUGGCUUCGUUGACUUGACAGAAUUUGUUCGAGUGAUCUUUCCGGAUGAAGAUGAAGAUGGCGCUGUCACACCUUCAGGUUCCAUCAGAGCAUCUGUGGUAGCUUCAACAUCGAACCUACCUGCAGUGCAGGAGAUAGAAGAGUCAGAGUAG